CGCCUCUGCAAACACUGCGCUCGCCGCCUCUGCCUCAUCACCGAACGGGGACUUUUCUGUUCCUGCUCACUACAACACGCAUGUUUGGUGGAAGGAGAGCUGCACGAUCCAGUCGCCUGCAGGGACUUCAAGGUGUGAAAUCGAAGAGCAAUGUUUGCAACAGAUUAAAAGAGUUGUGUUGGAGGCACGCGCACUGGUAACUUAGAGGGAAACACCUUGAAAUUUAAGAGUACUUACAGGAAAUCAAUAAGCAAUUGAAACAGGGGCUAGCAGGUGUGAUGGAGUGGCGUCAGCAGUCUGCAGUCAGCUGUGAGCUGGCGUUCCAGGAGGCACAGAGAUGGCUUGAGGAAGUGACGAAAAAGCAGUUUGGAAGUAAAAGCUUUCGAGUGGCCUUAGAGGACGGGGUCCUUCUGUGCGAUCUAAUCAACACAUUGAAGCCGGGCAUCAUCAAACGAGUGAACAGACUCUCCACUCCCAUUGCAGGCUUGGACAACGUGAAUGUGUUUCUCAGGGCUUGUGAGAAACUAGGGCUUAAUGAGGCACAGCUCUUCCAUCCUGGAGACCUGCAAGAUGUGUCCACACGUGUGACUGUCAGACUUGAAGAGACAAGCAGGAGACUGAAAAAUGUUUUGAUCACUAUAUACUGGUUGGGGAGGAAGGCCCAGUCUGAUCCGUUUUACACUGGACCACAGCUGAAUCUAAAAGACUUUGAAGGUUUGCUGGGCACAGCAUUAUCGAAGGCUCUGGAGGAGUCUGUGCAGUCGAAGUCAAGUGUGAGGGACAGUGGGUACGCAGAGGGCUGGUUUUCUGACAGGGAAGAUCUGUUCAGUCUGAAGCAGUCGGGCUACAGAAGGGAGGACUCAGUCGAGAGCCUGGACUCAGUGGAGUCUCGCACACUCAGUGUGGCUUCAGACUGCACACUUAGAGCCGGCAGUGAAGGUUGCGGUAGUGACGCAGAAGCAGAACAUUGCUUCAGGAUGGCAGAAGGCAGUAAAAGUGAUGCCCCCAUCAGAGAAAGAGUGCAUGUCCCAUCUGCCCUGAGGAAGAAAAGGCAGGAAUACCAGCAGGGAGACAGAAGUUAUGCAGGCGACCUCACUAGUGAAAGUGGGAGGGGCUUAUACCGUGACCUCCCUCCUGCUUCUGCCUUCCUCCAAUGGGCAAGAAGUUACCAGAGUGACAGUGACUCUGACGCGGAUCGCCCUGAACCAGACCUUGUGCAGGACGACCUAGCGAGUCGCAGAUUCCGCUCUGUAACCUCCGUGGCCCCUGUGAACUUUGCGAUCCCUUCAAAGCCUCUAAGCCCCAAGGUGGCCUCUAUGGUGACCCCAAGUGCUAGGAAGUCAUGGCUGACCUUGUCAGAUGCCUCACGGCUGGCCGUAGUGCCACCCCAGAGAUCAAACCAGAGAGUGUUAUCCAUUCCCUCUGAAAAUGGACAGACAGACUUUGAAUUAGCCACUUUGGAGGAAGAGUUUCUUCAGCGAGCCCUAAACAAUGGCACGAGUGACUCUGAUGAGGACCGAGGAUAUGCCGAUCCUGUGUUGGAUGACCUUUACGCCCGUCGUGUGCUCGUCUCGGAGCAUCAGACCUCCGUCAAUGCCGAUUCAGACAAGUUCCUGCCCAAAUAUUGGACACCUGAGGAAGAUCUACAUGUGAAAAAGAUCAGGAUAGGGUCCCAGCGCAGGCCAUGGUAUAAGAAGAUGCAGGGCUUCAGAAGCAAAUCUAUGGGUGACAUCACACUGGAGCCCAUUCCACAGGAAUCGAACAACUGCUCCAGCUUUGACCCGCUGGGGUCACGCCAUGUUCACCUGAGGUCUGUUGGAGAGGUGACCCUUGAACCCUCAGCCAUACAGAGGGUUCAGCGGGAACAGUUACAAAGCAUCCGGGACAGAAUAAAGGAAAGUGAAGCCAAGUGGCACGAAGAUCUGAACAGGUGGAAGAGCCAGCGGCGUAGUGCAAACUUUGACCUCCACAGGAAGCGUGAGGAGAGGGAGCAGAUUAAACUUAUUACCAAUGGGGGAGGGACCAGUGCCAUCAGGACUGCACAGCUCACCGGUGUGCCAGAGGAGAGCUCCAACAUGCCUGGACCCAUGAGUGAUGCGGGCUCCAGUGUCAGCAGUACUGGGUGGUCCACCGCCUUGGCUUCACCCCUCACAAACGGGACAUCUCCUGCUCUGACCAAAGGCACUGGUGCAGAGACGACUGACUCAGCUGGUGAAUUCUUCACCCCUCCAGCAGCUGUUGUCUCUGAACCGAGUUCACUGACCAGCCUGGCUACUGGGGAUCCAGAACACUAUGAGCAGCAGGGUCCAGACUUCAGCCACCGCGCGAUCCUCCUGGAGAGCUUUUAUGCAGGGGGAGCACGCAUAUCUGCCACUCUACCCAGAGGUUUCAGAAGGUCAGAAGGUUCCUCACGCCUCUCCACGGGUGUCACACCACGUCCAUUUGGAACCAAACCCUCCAAAGUGUCCUCACUGCCCAGAGCAUAUUCCAUGGAUGACUCUCAUAAAAGCCUGAUCAGUGGAAACGGAGAUAUUUCAAUCAUCCCCUCUUUCCUCAGCGGUCAAGGAAAGGGCAUAGCCUCUGUUCACACGGUCCACUCUCGUUCAAGUACUCAUCCAAUCAACCCUAAGAAGGAAGAAGAAGAGACAAGAGAUGGAAGGUCAUCAGCACCUCCCAUUAACUGUUUUGUCACUAAAGUGACAAUGGCUGCCUCUAAUAUGCAAACAACAUCUCCUGUUGUCGCCAAAAUCAGGGACAUCAAGGUGGGUCAAAGUGAAAUGCGAGUCUGCUUGAAUCAAAAGCCUAACAGUGGGAGAGACUUUGGAUUCAGGGCUCACUGGGACUCAACUGGUGCUUGUGUGAAAUCUGUUCAAGCAGGCAGCCCAGCAGAGUCAUGUGGUCUGCUGAUGGGUGAUGAGAUCGUGGAGCUGGGUGGAUGCAGGGUGGCUGAAAUGAAUUAUGAGCAGUUUAAGGGCAGUAUGGACACAGCACAGCAAAAGGGCACUUUACUGAUGGACAUCCUAAGACACGGCCAGAAUGACUGGGGCAGUGACCACCCUUCCCUACCGUACAAGAGCCGUAAGACCAUCAAUUUGACCAGUGCCAAUUCAACACUUAUAGGGCGGCCCGAGCACUAUGUCUCAAUCAGCACAACCUCUCCAGUGGAGACCGUGGGGAAGACACAGGUUAAUGGACAGCCUGCUAAUGUGAGUCAGGAUGCAUGGCAUGGAAGACUCAUGCUGUGUGUGUGCUCUGUUGUGCAAUUUAAAUGGAUAAUCUUUGUCCCACCUCUUUUACUAGGUGGCUCAGAGUCUGCCAUCUCUGAUCUGCAGGUUCCCUCCAUCAGUACCACCUCAUCCCGCUGGUCAUGGGAUCAUGAAGAGGAGAGGAGGCGGCAAGAGAAAUGGCAGAUGGAACAAGAGCGCCUCCUGCAGGAGAAUUAUCGACGUGAUCAGGAGAAGUUAGAAGAGGAGUGGAGGAGAGCUCAGCAGGAGGUCUAUGGAGAGGAGCACAGUGGUACUGAGGAGCAGAAAUGUCCUGAUGUGCUGUCCAAUGGAAAUACCACUAAUAUUCCACCUUCCUCCUUCAAUCAAUUCAUUGCUACCACUUCAGUGGCAUCCAGUCAGAAUGCAGAGAAGGUGGUAGAAACACAGAACAGACAGACCGAUGUGCAAACAGCAGCAAGACAGCAGUCACUAAAGGCAGACGUGGAGUGUGAUUCAACCACAAAGAGUCAGUGCUCAGAGGAGUCCUACGGGUUUGCCAAGCUUACAGUUUCUGACAGGACAAAGUCAAAAUCUACUCCUGCACUUCAAGGCCUUCACAAACAAGAUGCUAAAGGAAGCGGUAAAAAGAAGGGACAGCUGUCGCAGGCAGAGAAGGAACGUCUGCAGAUCCUGGAGGAGAUGAGGAAGAAGACGCAGCUCCUCACUGACAACAGUUGGAUCCGUCAGCGCAAUGCCAGCAUCAACAAAGAGCCCAUCACUGUGGGAACAUCUGUCAGGAGAUAUGAAUCUCUGGACAACCUCCACACAACUAGCUCCUGGUCCAGGCAGUCCUACACUUCAAGUAUCGCAAACAGGCCUCAUUCUUCUUUGGGAAACACUGGUACUUACAGGAGCGGACGCAGCAGCCUGAGCCCUGGUUCAGCCAUCUUCUCUACCGGUCUUAAGCAAAGCUCCAACUUUCCCACCUCACCAAUCACAACUACACCUGAGCUAUCAGGCCCUGAGUCCUGUCCAAACUCUCAGCAGCGUGGCAGGCUGGUCAGUGGCAGGCGGAUGUGCUCGAGGUGCGAGCAGCCUCUGGGGAAGGGAGCUGCCAUGGUCAUCGGUUCCCUGGAGCUCUGCUUUCACAUUGGUUGCUUCAAGUGUGUCAGCUGCAGGACUGACCUUGGGAGAGGGGCUGAGUCCGGAGCUCAGGUCAGAGUCCGACACAGACAGCUCUUCUGUAACAGCUGCUACAGCAGAAUCAGAGUCUGUUCCUCCAUCUCCAAGUGACCAGAAUGCAUUGCAACAGAUCGUAGAGGAGUGUACCACAGAAGCGGUCUCAGGAAUUACAACUAUUGGCACAACCUAACCACA